UCAGGAUGAGCCAGGCUCGGCCCUGGGCGGGAGGCCGGCAGCUGCAGGUGGCCCUCGUGAGGGGGACCCUGACCGGUGCCCUCUUUCUCCUGGGCUGCGGGGCACUCGCCGAUUUCCAGCAGGCGGGCACCGUCCUGGUGGGCGGGGACCCACGCUACCUCCGGAGGGAGCCGCUGCCUCACUGGGGCGGGGCCCAGAGUCGCCUGGUCCACAGGCCCAGGGCCCCAGAGACCGUACCAGCAGGCCCCUCGAGGAGGAGACGAAGACUGGCGGCAGGGGACAUCCUGCACCUGGAGCUGCUGGUGGCCGUGGGCGCCGACGUCCACCAGGCUCACCAGGAGGACACGGAGCGCUACGUGCUCACCAACCUCCACAUCGCGUCGGAGCUGCUGAGGGACCCGUCCCUGGGGGCGCAGUUCUGGGUGCACCUGGUGGGGAUGCUCAUCCUGACGGAGCCGGAGCAAGGUCCAGACGUCUCGGCCAACAUCACCUCCUCCCUGCUAAGCGUGUGUGAGUGGAGCCGGACAGUCAACCCCGCAGACGACUCGGACCCCAGGCACGCCGACCUGGUCCUCUAUGUCACCAGGUUUGACCUGGAGCUGCCUGAUGGCAACCGGCAGGUGCGGGGGGUCACCCAGCUGGGGGGCGCCUGCUCGCCCUCCUGGAGCUGUCUGAUCACCGAGGACACAGGCUUCGACUUGGGGGUCACCAUCGCCCACGAGAUCGGGCACAGCUUCGGCCUGCAGCACGACGGCGCCCCGGGCAGCAGCUGCGGCCCCAGCGGCCACGUGAUGGCGUCGGACGGCGCGGCGCCCGCCCGCGGGGGCCUGUCCUGGUCCGCCUGCAGCCGCCGGCAGCUGCAGAGCCUGCUCAGCGCAGGGGGGGCGCGCUGUGUGCGGGACCCGCCAGGGGCCGCGCCCGUGAGGCGCGCGCCCGAGGUGCAGCCCGGCCUCUACUACGGCGCCGACGAGCAGUGCCGCGUCGCCUUCGGCCCCUCGGCCGCCGCCUGCACCUUCGCCCGCGAGCCUCUCGACGUGUGCGAGGCCCUCUCCUGCCACACGGACCCGCUGGACCGGAGCAGCUGCAGCCGACUCCUCGUCCCUCUCCUGGACGGGACACCCUGCGGCGUGGAGAAGUGGUGCUCCAAGGGUCACUGCCGCUCCCUGGCGGAGCUGACCCCCGUGGCGGCCGUGCACGGCCACUGGUCCAGCUGGGGCCCUGCUAGUCCCUGCUCACGCUCCUGCGGUGGGGGUGUGGUCACCAGGAGGCGGCGCUGCGACAAUCCCAGACCUGCCUUCGGGGGGCGCACGUGCGACGGAGCCGACCUCCAGGCGGAGCUGUGCAACACCCAGGCCUGCGAGAGGACCCAGCUAGACUUCAUGUCUGAGCAGUGCGCGCAGACCGACAGCCAGCCCCUGCGCCUCGCUCCAGACAGUGUCUCCUUCUACCACUGGGAGGCGGCGGCGCGGUACAGCCGAGGAGACGCCCUGUGCAGACACGUGUGCCGGGCCGUUGGCGAAAGCUUCAUGGUGCGGCGUGGCGCCCACUUCCUGGAUGGGACCCGGUGCGUGCCAAGUGGCCCUCAGGAGGACGGGGCCCUGAGCUUGUGCGUGCUGGGCAGCUGCAGGACGUUUGGCUGUGACGGUCGGCUGGACUCCCGGCAGGUGUGGGACGUGUGCCAGGUGUGUGGCGGGGACAACAGCACCUGCAGCCCACACAACGGCUCCUUCACGGCCGGAAGGGCUGGAGAGUACGUCACCUUUCUGACGGUCACGCCCAACCUGACCAGGGUGUACGUGGCAAACCGCAGGCCUCUCUUCACACACCUGGCGGUGCGGGUGCGCGGGCGCUACGUGGUGGCCGGGAACGCGAGCCUCUCCCCCAGCACCACCCACCCCUCCCCGCUGGAGGACAGCCGUGUGGAGUACAGGCUGACGCUCACCGAGGACCGGCUGCCCCAGCUCGAGGAGAUCCACAUCCGGGGACCCGCCCCGGGGGACAUCGAGGUCCAGGUUUACCGGCGGUACGGAGACGAGUACGGCGCCCUCUCCCGCCCCGACAUCACCUUCACCUACUUCCAGCCCAAGCAGCGGCCGGCCUGGGUGUGGGCCGCAGUGCAUGGGCCGUGCUCCGUGAGCUGUGGGGCAGGGCUGCGCUGGGUGACCUACAGCUGCCUGGACCAGGCCCAGAACCAGUGGGUGGAGACUGCCCGGUGCCGAGGGAGCCUCCGGCCACCCGCGUGGCCAGAGCCCUGCGUCCCUGAGCCCUGUCCCCCGUACUGGGCAGCCGGGGACUUCGGCCCGUGCAGCGUCUCCUGUGGCGGAGGCCUGCGGGUGCGGCCGGUGCGCUGCGUGGAGGAGGCCCCGGGUGGGCGCCUGAGGACGCUGCCCCCGACCCGGUGCAGAGCAGGGGCCCAGCGGCCGGCAGCAGUGGAGCCCUGCAGCCCCCAGCCCUGCCCCACCAGGGCGUGGCGACUGUCCCGUGCCGUCCUCAGCGGCGAGGUGUCUGGCUCUGGCCUGGCCUUGGAGAACGUGACGUGUGCGCAGGGCGCCGACGGCCUGCAGGUGCCUGUGACCACGGGGCCCUGCUCCACGGCCGAGCAGCUGCCCCCCCUGGAGCCCUGUGUCGGGAUGGCGUGUCCUCUAGGCUGGGGUCUGAGCCCGGCACUGGUCAGCCCCCGCCCCCAGCGGCCCCUGCCUGCAGACCCCACCCCCACAGAUGAGGAGCCUGCAGAGACAGAGACGGGGCCUGGGCUGGACACCAAGUCUCUGAGGGAGGAGGCUCCACCCCCACUGGGCACUGCCAGCCCGGGGACCCGAGCUGCACCUGUGUGGACUCCUGUGGCCGGGCCGUGCUCUGUGUCCUGUGGGCGAGGCCUUAUGGAGUUGCGUUUCCGAUGCGUGGACGCCGUCCUGAGGACGCUGGUCCAGGAGGAGCUGUGCCACUCGGCGAGCAAGCCUAGGGACCAACGUGGGGUCUGCCAGGCCGCCCCCUGCCCUGCACGGUGGCGGUACCAGCUGGCGGCCUGCAGCGCGAGCUGUGGGGGCGGGGUUGUGCGGAGGAUGCUGUACUGUGCCCGGGCCCGCGGGGAGGACGAGGGCGACGAGGAGAUCCUAACGGAGGCUCAGUGCCAGGGGCUGCCUCGCCCAGAGCCCCACGAGGCCUGUGGCCUGGAGCCCUGCCCGCCCAGGUGGAAAGUUGUAUCCCUGGGCCCGUGCUCAGCCAGCUGUGGCCUCGGCACCGCCGCACGCUCCGUGGCCUGCGUGCAGCUUGACCAAGGCCAGGACACUGAGGUGGACCAGGUGGCCUGUGCCGCUCUGGUGCGGCCCCAGGCCAGGGUCCCCUGCCUCAUCGCCGACUGUCCCUACCGGUGGCAGGUCAGCUCCUGGACAGAGUGCUCCGUCUCCUGCGGGCCGGGCGUCCAGCGCCGGCACGACGCCUGCCUCGGCCCCCAGGCCCAGGCUCCCGUGCCUGCCGACUUCUGCCAGCACUUGCCCAAGCCAGCGACGGUGCGGGGCUGCUGGGCAGGGCCCUGUGCGGGGCAGGGGACGGCCCGCCCCGCGCCCCACGAGGACGCCGCGGCUCCCGGCCAGGCUGGAGCUGCUGCUUCACCGGAGUGGCCCCGGACCCGCCUCCCGCCCCCGGCUCCUCAGCCUCGGGGGCGCCUGCCCGGACCCCAGGGAAAUCUGGGGGAGUCCAGUGCCUGCGGCCGACAGCUCCUGGAGCCGGCAGGAACCAUCGACCUGCGAGGCGCCCGGCAGGGAGACUGUGCGGUGGCCCUCGGGCGGCCCCUGGGCGAGGUGGUGACCCUCCACGUGCUGGAGAGCUCCCUGAACUGCAGCGCGGGGGACAUGCUGGUGGUCUGGGGCCGGCUCACGUGGAGGAAGACGUGCAGGGAGCUGUCGGGCACGACUUUCGUCUCCAUGAGCAACACCCUGGUGGUGCGGCAGCGCCGUGCGGGGCCGCGGGGCGGAGUGGUGCUGCGGCACGGCAGCCGGCCUGCCCCGCAAACCUACCGAGAAUGUGACGUGCAGCUCUUUGGACCCCGGGGGGCGAUCGUGAGCCCCUCGCCCAGUGUGCAUGGAGGGAGGGCAGGGGGCUGCCGGCUCUUCAUCAGCGUGGCCCCGCAGGCCCGCAUAGCCAUCCACGCCCUGGCCGCCGGCACGGCCCCUGGAGCCGAGGGAGCCAACGCCAGCGACAUCACGAUCCGGGACAUCCACAGCUGGAGCACCACGACCUUCCGUGGGCAGCAGGUGCUCUACUGGGAGUCCAGGGGCAGCCAGGCCGAGGUGGAGUUCAGCCAGAGCUUUCUGGAGGCCGGCGCCAGCCUGCGAGGCCACUACUGGACCUUCUGAUGGAGAGUGCGGGAGGAAGGGGGGCAGUGGGACCUGGAUACUCGGCCCUGGCUGUCCCCCCGGCCCCGCUCGUCCCCACGUCGGCCGCUGACCUGCCCUCUCCAGAGCACCUGGCGGGCGUCCGGGCUUGCUCUCCGACAGCGUUCUGGUCUCGGGGGGCGUCGGCUGGAAGGCGGGCACGCGUUGGAAAAGCGAUGCCAGCCCCCUGGGAACCAAUAAACAAA